AUGCCACUCAAGCUGCUCUGUCUGCACGGUUGGGGCACCAACAUCAAGAAGAUCUUGCAGUCUCAAUUGAAUGGCCUAAUGACCGAACUCCAACGUGACAACACCGCAACAUUGCACUUCGUUGAAGGUGAUGUUGACUCGAUUCCGGGGCCUGGAAUUGCUGGCUUCUAUGACGGCCCUUACUAUAGCUACUACAAGUUCCCUCGGUCCUUUUCCGACCCAGAUGGUAGCGAGGAGGAGUCCAUGCUCGACGCCUACAACCUCCUCUACGAUAUUAUCGAUGAUGAAGGGCCCUUCGAUGGCAUCCUGGGAUUCUCUCACGGAGGAACCUUGGCCUCGGGCUUCCUAAUUCACCAUGCCAAGAUGUUCCCGAAUGAACCCCCUCUCGUUCGCUGCGCCAUCUUCAUCAAUUCCCUCCCCCCGUUUCGCAUGAACCCGGGCGAGAACCCGGUGGUCGACGCGGAUCUCAACGGCUACAUCAAGAUCCCUACCGUCAACAUUGCCGGUUCAAAGGAUCCCUUGUUCAAGUACUCUCUCGCAUUGCACAGGCUGUGUGAUCCUACUAGAUCCACGUGGGUGGUACACAGCAAGGGUCACGACAUCCCCAACGAUAAGAAGAAUGUCGCUCUCAUGUCUGCAGGCAUCCGCAAGUUGGCCGUCGAGGCGUUGUCAAUCUGGUGA